ACUGCAAAUUCUCUGGGAUCAUAUUUGUACACUUCCUUCUCCCCAUCCUCUCUUCACCUCACCCAUCCACACAGUAUAUAUGGAGAGUGCGAUCACACGUCAUCAUAGUGAGACGUCUUCUCUUGUCAGCUGGUCAAGUGCAGUGAUAGUUGUCAAAAUGGUUCGACGGGAGACGCUUCAAACGUUCCUGAUGCUCUGCCUCUGCUUGGCGAACAUCGAUGCCGCUCCAAUGGAUGUGCAACGCCGAGCAGACGGAUCCGUCUUGAUAGCCGACAUCCUGUAUUCUGCGGAGCAAUGGGACCGUUUUCUUGAUAAAAACUUGUUGGCAAUGGAAAGGCUUUGGCCCAAAAAGGACGGAGUUGUGAAUAUUUUCUACAAAAUAUCGGAUCCGGGAGUAGACACGACUGCUCUAAACUCAGCGAUCGCUGCCUGGGAGGCCAAGACAUGCAUCAAGUUCUCUAAGAUGGCAGAGUCAGAUGAGCGCGUCGAUUACAUGAACUUCUGGCUCAAUAAAUUCUGUUACGCCACCAUAGGUUACUGGGAGGGCAAACCUACACCUGUCAGCCUCGCAGAUUGCCCUGAAAGGGGACCGACUCACGAGAUCGGCCACGCGUUGGGGAUGGUGCACGAACAAUCACGAAGCGACAGGGACGACAACAUCAUUGUGUACAUGGCUAACAUUAAGCCUGCCAUGAAACACAAUUAUGAUAAAGGUCCGACCAUCAACUUCGAAGUCCCUUACGACUACUACUCUCUCAUGCAGUACCACGACCGGAGUUUUGGCAUAGACGGCAAACGCGUGAUGGUCGCUAAAGAUGUUCGUUUUCAAACUCUCAUGGGAGAUGGCGAUAAAAUUGCGCACUGGAACGCCAAGCUCAUGAACACCAUGUACAAAUGCACAGACGACUGGUUGAAGGCCUGCAAGCAAGAGUCUGAGCCCUGCAAGAACGGCGGCUACACGCAGAAGGACUGCAGCUGCGCGUGUCCACUGGGCACGACUGGCGACAAGUGUGAGAAUCUCGUCAUGAGCUAUAGAGAUGCUCUGAUAAAGCAGUUCUCUCCGUACACUUCCGUCAUCUCAACCUCUGGUGCAGAGGUCGUCUCUCCUGGCUACCCCGACAAGGCGCCAUCGACCAAAACGCAGUACACGCAGGUUUUCCGUGCUGAGAAGUGCCAGCGAGCGGUGGUGACGUUCCAAGACUUCCAAAUAGAGCCGCGCAGUGCCAGCAAGAAUCGCUGCGGCUUCAGCUACCUCGAGAUCCGCUCCGACGUCUCCGUGCCGGAGGGGAAAAUAUUUUGUGGCGAAGAAAUUGAGAAAGGAACAGCCUUCAAAAGUGACAAGUCGGAGCUCAUCCUUCAUUACAUGAACAAUGACUACACUAAAUUUGGCAAGGAAAACAAAUACAGAGGCUAUAAGGCUACUUUCACCACCGAGGCCAUACCCACUUGCAGCUGAUGGGGUUACAACCACCGGCUGGAAUGUCGAACUGGAGACCACAAGGAAAAUUAAAUGAAUACCGUACGUUGUGUUUUUGAAGCGUGUGAAAAAUUACUUGCAAGUUUUA